AUGGCAGAGAGUGCUAUAACUUAUUUGGUACAUCAGCUUUCAACCUUGCUCAAUGGUGGACAAAAAUUUCUUGAAGGAAUUCAAGAAGAAAUUGUUCAUAUCAGGGAUGAAUUUGGAAAGAUGAGGACUUUCUCAAGAGUAGCUGAUGCAAAAGAAGAAGAAGAUGCUGAAUUACAAGUAUGGAUCAAACAAGUACAAGAACUUGCACAUGAUGUCCAAGACAUUCUCGAAAAACAUGUUGUUAUGUGCAACAAUUUUCAAGAAAAGGGAUCAUGGCCAUGGAAAAAGUCCCAUCUUUCAUUGUCGGAGAAGUUAUUUGAAGCUCAGCAUGAUAAUCUUUCAAUGUUAUUGGAAGGCAUCAAUGUCCGUAUCGUCAUCAUUUCUGAAGGACAUAUAACAUUUCUUCAGAAAUAUGGUGUUACAAUAAGUGCUGAGAGUAGCAACAUUAAUAAAUGGUGUGAUAACCAUGAAGAAGUAGUUCUUCAUGAUGAUGCAGAUCUUUUAGGCAUUGAAAAUCACAAGUCAAUGCUGCUUGAUUGGGUUCUUUCUGAUGAUCCAGAAUGGAAAUUGCAGUGUAUAGUUGGAAGUAGAAGUAUAGGGAAAACUACCCUAGUCAAGAAAGUCUAUGAUGAUGCAGCAGUGAAAAAGCAUUUCAAUCAUACACUGUGGCUUGAGAUUCCAAGGGUUUCUGAUGUUAAGGAGCUAAUGAAGAACAUGAUUACUAUAAACAAUGACCAUUCCCGUCGAGUCAUUGAAGACAUGGAUACUAACAUGUUGGCACAGUUCAUCCGACAACUCAUUGAGUCAUCAAGGUACUUUAUUGUCCUUGAUGAUGUCCCUGACAUUGGUAUAUGGAGGGCUCUCAAAUGUACAUUUCCUAUUGAAAACUGA